AAACAAUAGCAACUGUCGAGACUGUACAAGCUUUCACACAAGAUUCCAAUCUCUCAAUCUCUCAUUGCUUCCUUCCUUCCUACCAAGAAAACCAUGACAGAGUUCAUUCUUUCCAAAGUGGGAGAGUUCGCUCUCUCUAAAUUAUUUGAGUCGCUGUAUGAUCGAUUGGCGGUUCCCAAGUUUUGGGACUUCUUAGGCGGAGAGGGAAAGGGCAUUCAAGCAAACCUGGACAAGUGGAGACAAAAGCUGCAAGAUAUUCAGAACAUGCUUGAUGAUGCGGAGGAGAAGCAAUAUUCUGACAGGGUUGUGAAGCUCUGGCUGGAUGAUCUCAAACACUUGGUUUACGAUGUGGAUGACAUAGUGGAUGAGCUUGCCACUGAUGCAUUCCUAGCUGAAAAUCAGGCUCGCCCAAGUAAGGUACGCAAACUCAACAUCCCAGGUGCUUCGUCUGCUCAUAAGAUUGAUAGUACGCUGCAGUUAAAGAUAAAGGAGAUCACGGGUCGUUUCAAUGAAAUCGUGACCCGGAAAGAUCAACUGAAUUUGAAGGAAACCGCUGAUGGGAGGUCUCAUAGGAAAAUAGGAGUUCCGGCGCCAACUUCGGUACUGACUGAACCGGAACCUCAUGUUUAUGGCAGGGGCAAAGAUAAAGAGGCUGUAGUUGAAUUGUUGGUGGGUGAAAAAUAUUGUAGUGAUGCUCAACUCUCUGUGAUUCCUAUUCUUGGUAUGGGGGGCAUAGGGAAGACAACUCUUGCCCAGUUGGUGUACAAUGAUGAAGCAGUACAAAAAUCUUUUGAUUUGAAAACAUGGGCUUGUGUUUCUCAAGACUUCGAUGUUGACAGAGUCACAAAAACAAUUUUACAGUCCCUCAAUAUUUCUGAUAAUUGUGAUGGCAAGGAUCGAAAUUGGUUGCAAGUCAAACUCAAGGAGGAACUGAAAGGCAAGAAGUUUCUAGUCGUUCUGGAUGAUCUUUGGAAUGAUGACUACGAUAAUUGGAUUAUCCUACGUGCUCCUUUUCUAGUUGGGGCUCCGGGAAGUAAGAUUAUCAUCACAACUCGCAAUUUGAAAGUUUCAUCAAUGACAGGUACCGUUCAAGCCCACAGCUUGCCACUGUUGUCGAAUAAUGAUUGUUUGUCUGUAUUUACUCAACAUGCACUGGGGGCAAGCAACUUCAGUGCACAUUCAAACCUUCAAGACAUUGGUGAAAAAUUCGUUGAAAGGUGUAAAGGCUUGCCUUUGGCAGCAAGGACUCUCGGAGGCCUCUUGCGCACUAAAAAGGAGGAACGUGAUGAGUGGGAAGAUGUACUUAAGAGCAAGAUAUGGGAUAUAUCAGACCUGGAGAGAAGUGGAAUUGUUCCAGCCCUUAUGUUGAGCUACCACCACCUUCCUUCACAUUUAAAAAGAUGCUUUAUGUAUUGUUCAAUACUCCCAGAGGACUAUGAAUUUGAAGAGGAGGAGUUGGUUUUGUUGUGGAUGGCAGGAGGUCUAAUUCAACCACAGAAAGGGGAUAAGCAAAUGGAAGAUCUAGGUAGCGAGUAUUUUCAAGAUUUGUUGUCAAGGUCCUUUUUCCAACAAUCAAGCACGAAGAAAUUUCGGUAUGAGAUGCCAUGGCGGUUCUCUUUCAACCAUUCAAGCAAAGUGAAACAACAAUUUGUAAUGCAUGACCUCAUCAAGGAUUUGGCACAAAGGGUUGCAGGAGAUAUAUGCUUCAGAAUAGAGGAUGGAAUUUGGGUUGGUAAUGGAAGGAGACUUUCUAAAAAGGCUCGGCACUCUUCUUACUUGGGUGGCCAAUACGAUAUUGAUAACAAGUUUGAGCCUUUCUUUGAACUCAAAUGUCUACGUACCUUCCUCCCCCUUCCACGUCAUAGUUACUGUUAUUUGACUCGUAAUGUUCCUCUUCAAUUGUUGCCAGAAUUAAAAAGUUUAAGAGUGCUCUCUUUGCAAGGGUAUUACAUAGCUGAGUUACCAGAUUCGAUUGGUGAUUUGAAGCAUCUACGGUACCUUGACCUUUCUCGCACUGAGAUUAGAUGUUUGCCUGAAUCAACAACCAGUCUAUGCAACUUACAGACAAUGAUUCUAGAGAGAUGUUCUUAUCUAAAGAAAUUGCCUUCAAAUUUGGGCAACUUGGUCAACUUGCGCCACCUCAACAUUCUCCAUGCAAAUAAGCUGGAAGGAAUGCCUCCUCAAAUAGGUAAAUUAACUCAUCUCCAAACAUUGUCUAAUCUAAUUGUGGGAAAAGGCAGUUGCUUCGCAUUAAGAGAGCUAGGUUCUUUAUUGCAUCUUCGAGGGACACUCAUCAUCUCACAAUUGGAGAAUGCCAUUGAACCCACAUAUGCAAGGGACGCUAAGUUAAUUGGAAAGCCCAAUCUUACUGUGUUGUGCUUGGAAUGGAGUAACAAAUUGGAUGAGUCACUCGACAGAACAAGUGAAUUUGAGGUACUUAACAUGCUACAGCCUCACAGGGCUUUGAAAGAGCUCACUAUCAGGUGUUAUGGUGGUAUGGAAUUUCCGACUUGGCUAAGAGGUCAUUCAUUUUCUCAUAUGGUGCUUUUAAGGAUUGAAAAUUGUAAAAUGUGCACGUCAUUGCCACUAGUGGGCCAACUACCAUCACUCAAACACCUUUUCAUUGAAGGCAUGGUGAGUGUGAAGAAUGUCGGUCAUGAGUUUUAUGGGGUUAGUUGCUCACAACCUUUUGAAUCCUUAGAAACUUUGAAAUUCACGAAUAUGGAAGAAUGGGAGAACUGGAUCCCUAAUGAAGAGUUUAGAAACCUGCGUGAGCUUUCCAUUACAAAUUGUCCCAAGUUGUUGGGGAAGUUACCUAACCAUUUUCCUUUACUUAAAAAAGUUUUGGUACAAGACUGUCCGAGGUUGGUGGUUUCCAUUUCAAACUUUCCUAAGCGUUGCAGUCUACAAAUUGGAGGAUCUGAAGGGGUGAUGCGUGAAAAUAAGGUUGUCUUCAACUCACUAAAUUCCAAGUCUUUUUCAACAAUUUCAGAAUUCAAAUCUCCAAUAGAAGGGCUUAUUCUCGAAGGACUAGCACAUGUAGAAUAUCUAAAUAUUGAAAAUUGUGAGGAGUUGACACAUUUGUGGUCAAAUGAUGUGGGAUUAUUACAAUCCCUUCCACGUCUUCGUUACUUGAAGAUUGGCAAUUAUCAGAAACUAUAUCAUUUGGUAGAUGAAGCAAAAGAGCAACCAAAACAGGGUAUGCCAUCCACCCACAAUGGCAUGGAAUUUUUACCCAAGGAAAUCAUGUACAACAACACGUGUAUUGAGCGCAUUGAGAUUAGUGGAUGUGAUUCACUGAAGCACUUUGCAAUAGGCCAGCUACCUCCAAUACUUAAGCGGCUAUGCAUACAGAAUUGCAAGAGUAUGAUAAUUUUACUUGAUGAGGAUGAUGCCAAUAGUUGCAGUACUAGCACAUCUCUUCUUGAGUUCUUGGAGAUUUGGAAGUGUCCAUCCCUCAAAUUCUUAACAUCUAGCGUAGAAUUAUUGGCAACACUUAAACACCUCGAUGUUAAAGAUUGUGGACAGCUGGAGUCAAUAGCGAAAAGUGGAGAAUUGCCUGCAACACUUCAACACCUUGAGAUUCGGGAAUGUGGACAGCUGGAGUCAAUAGCAAAGAGCUUCCAUCACAACUCGUCUCUUGAAAAGAUUGAAAUAUAUGGGUGUAGAAACCUUAAAUCCUUACCCACGGGCAUACACACCCUCAGCCAUCUAGACACGAUUGAAAUUGGUUUUUGUCCAACUCUUGUUUCCUUCCCAGACGGAGGGUUGCUCCCUAGCAACCUUAGAGAGUUAACGAUUCAUGAUGAUAUGGCCCUACCUAACUGCAUUCACAACAUCACCUCACUUCAAAUUUUAAAUAUUUCGAGGAGGAGUCCAAGUGUGGUAUCAUCCUUUUCGGAAGACGGUUUUCCCGCCAACCUAACAUCACUUACAAUAUGGGAUUGCAACUUCACUGAGGCCUUGCUUGAAUGGGGGCUGCACAGGCUUACCUCUCUUCAAAGUCUUUCUAUUACAGGUGGAUGUCCGAAUGUGGAGUCCUUUCCAGAGAAGAUGCUGCCCGCGUCUUUUACUACCCUCUUCCUCCAAAGCUUCCCCAAUCUGAAAUACCUGUCUUCCCUUCGAGACCUCGCCUCUCUUCAAGAACUUUCGAUCAGUUGUUGUGAAAAUCUCACAUCCUUUCCAGAGGAUGGCUUUCCUCCCUCACUCCAGCGACUUUGGAUCCACAACUGUCCUCUGCUGAAAGAACACUGCAAGAAAGAUCAAGGACGAGAGUGGUCCAAGAUAGCCCACAUCCCUUGCGUUGAGAUUGACUAGAGGUUCAUCUUCGAACCCAGAAGACAAGAAUCAGUGAAAGGCUUCCCUUCUACCAUUUGAUCCAAGUUUUAUUUAGAUGCGACAGAAGUUUCAAGAGAUAUAUCCAAAGGUCAAUUUAUUGCCCCGUCAGUUCUUUUGCUUCUGCCUCUUCUUCAAUUUCCAUCAUGGGAGACUCGGGGAUUCCUCCUGGAAGUGGCGAAACUGCUUCCCAAGAAGCGGCUCCUCUCUGAAGAGGCCUCUGAACUAUCAGCAGCAGCAGCAAGAGAACCAGGCCCAGCUGAACAUGCUUGAUAUGGGAGGCUUUUUUGGUUGUCAUCUGAAUGUUGGCAUUGGAGAGAUCCUGUUGCUCCUAUUUCCUGCUGCCAUUCUUGUUGGUUUACUGUUGGGGUUUGCUAGUCUUGUUCGGCUCUCAUAAUGGCAUCAUGAGUGUUUGUUCUAAUGCCCCAGUCCCAAGCAGGGAGAGAAGGGCUUUGAACAUUUGAGUUUAUCGUUACCAAUUGGCCUAUUGCUAGCCAUUACCGAUUCAACAGAUCAUUGGUACCCCCUAAAAGCGUUUACAAUGGUUAUCCUCAAACAAUUUGUAUCUAAUUGUGAAGACAGUGCCUUUGGGGGCUUCACAUACAAGGAAAAGAAGAAGAAACCUGAAACUUCCAAGUUCAACACUCCUGGCCUAAACACCAAACCAGAUGCAUUUUUUCCUAUGAUUUGUCAUCACACCCUUGUUGGUAGAAGCCGAAGUUUUCAAUGAUGAAAAUGUUGAUCCUGAAGAGGAUAUUGAUGUCUAUUGAUUAUUAGGGUACAGAGGGUAAAGUGAUGACAAGAUGCUGACGUUUAAAACUAUUAAACCGGUUUACUGGAUUAUCUUGAAGUAGAAGAUCAUCCUUAUUUUGUGGCAAGCAUGAUUUACUGCAGGUUGCAGCAAUAGGCAGAGGAGUUAGCAAAUGCUCUGUUGUUUUUCAUGUAAGAUACAGCCCUGCAGUUAGCAAAUGUUCUUUUCCUUUUCUUGUAAGAGAGUGUGCUCUUUCUAUCACGUGCUUGUAAACAACAUACGAAAAAGAAGGGGUUUCCUUUAAAAUUUCCUUUUAACCAAGGAUUGUUGUUGUCAGGUAUAUUCUAUUACUUCAAAUUUCAUUCAUUUUGGGAGGUAAUCUAAGUGGGGAUUGAUGAAUUAUUUGUUUA